AUGUCCCGCGAUUUCAAGUCUCAAAACAAAACGAAAAGCCGGGAAAAAACACCAGCUGCGAUUGGUAUAGCCAAUAUAUAUUAUAAAGAUAAGCCACAAGAAAUUCAAUCGAAUACGACGUAUUAUGGAAUUGACAAUGCGAUUAGAAUGAAAAGUGAUGAGAGAAUUGACCUCGUAAGAAUAUUUGACAAUGAUUCAAUAGCAACAUCGGUGGCACUUGCUAUUGAAAUCGGUAGAUCUGAUUGUGCUAGUGCAGCAUUAUCAGACGAAGCACCGCGCCUUUGUAACCACUUAACUUUUUCCGUUUUCAUUUCUGGUGAUACUUCCGCCAACACAUUUCAAUACCAAUUUGCGCUGCAAUUGCCUUCGCCGUGA